UGUGCUCAGUUGCGUCCUGGCUUCAUAUCCUGUCGCUAGUCGCUAUCCUUUGCCUUAGUGCUUCCCCAAGCCGAUUCAGUGUGAGGUUUUGAGUGCAUUUGAGCGGCUGCAAAUCAAGCAGGAUAAGCCAUAUAUUUUCGGCAAUCAGUGGAUGGUGUUUCAGUGUGAUAUAUAUUAGCAAGAUCGAACUUUGAGGGAUAUACGCCAUAUACCAAUAUACCCUUGGAGUAAUAGCAAUUGCCGCCUUCCGAUAACCGGCUCGGAUCGUUACCUUUACCGUUUGUACUCUACAUCGGGGUUGUGCGUCUGCACUGAACGGCUUCAAAAUGAACUACUCAAAGUACCACCACAACGCAAUGUCCUUAUCGGCCAUAGCGAAGCCAAUACUCUACUCGUAUUGGCGCAGCUCGUGCUCCUGGCGCGUGCGCAUUGCGAUGAAUCUGAAGGAGAUACCCUACGACAUCAAGCCGAUCAGUCUGAUCAAAUCCGGCGGCGAGCAGCAUUGCAAUGAGUAUCGCGAGGUCAAUCCCAUGGAGCAGGUGCCUGCCCUGCAGAUUGAUGGACACACCCUCAUCGAGUCGGUGGCCAUAAUGCACUACCUGGAGGAGACCCGCCCCCAGCGACCCCUCCUCCCGCAGGAUGUCCACAAGAGGGCCAAGGUCCGCGAAAUCGUCGAGAUCAUCUGCUCGGGCAUCCAGCCCCUGCAGAACCUCAUCGUGCUCAUCCACGUGGGCGAGGAGAAGAAGAAGGAGUGGGCCCAGCACUGGAUCACACGUGGCUUCCGGGCGGUGGAGAAGGCGCUCUCCACCUCCGCCGGCAAGUACUGCGUGGGCGACGAGAUCUCCAUGGCCGACUGCUGCCUAGUACCUCAGGUUUUCAACGCUCGAAGAUUCCACGUGGACUUGCGUCCCUAUCCCAUCAUACUGCGCAUCGACCGCGAACUGGAGAGCAAUCCGGCCUUCCGGGCGGCCCAUCCCUCCAAUCAACCGGACUGUCCGCCGGAGCUGCCCAACAAAUAGAAUUUUGCGACGCCAACUGCAAAGCGCCGUAAGACGAAAAAGUGAAUUGCAGUUCGUAACCCAGGCACAGGACAAACUAAGAACAUGAAUCUGAUCGGUGGGCAGGAUGGAUGAUGGGCGAUGGCGAAUGGCGAACGGCGAAUGGCGUAAGGAUUGGACAGAUUGAACGGAUGACAAGGACUCCAUUAAGCAGAAACAGUCGGAUGUGAUUUAAGAAAUUGCUAACAGCAUUUAAAUAUGCAUAAAUGCAUAAAAAUACUAUCUUUAACAAUACGAAAUUCCAACACGAAAUUCAAAUGCAAAAGUCUCAGUAACGGAACGAAAACGAAAACCAAAACUUAAAAUAUAUUCUUCAGAUUUCCCUAGUUUGUCAUUGUGAACAUGAUCUUAAAGAUGAACUCAUAUAUAUUAAAUGUAACUUA